CAUCUACGGAGUGAUACCCAAAUGGAAACAUGCAAUGGUGUGCUGGCGAAGGAGAGGAGGCUGCAGUUCCACCAGAAGGGGAGAAGUAUGAACUCCACCGGGUCUGGAAAAAGCAGUGCGACUGUUUCAAGUGUUUCUGAAUUACUGGAGCUUUAUGAAGAAGAUCCUGAAGAAGUGCUCUAUAACCUCGGAUUUGGAAGAGAUGAACCAGAUAUUGCUUCAAAAAUUCCAGCAAGAUUUUUUAAUUCAUCAUCAUUUGCCAGAGGGAUAGAUAUCAAAGUGUUCUUGAAUGCCCAAAUACAGCGCAUGGAAGUGGAAAAUCCAAAUUUUGCUUUAACAAGUCGUUUUCGUCAGAUUGAAGUGCUUACUACUGUGGCCAAUGCUUUUUCUUCUUUGUAUUCUCAAGUCUCUGGGACUCCUUUGCAGAAAAUUGGUAGUAUGAAUUCAGUGUCUUCCAGCAAAGAGGCAUCCAGCCCUCCCCCUUUAAAUCGCAGCAAUACAGCCAGUCGGUUAAUGAAGACCUUGUCUAAGCUCAAUCUGUGCAGCACACAGCAAGCCGAUGGUAGCGGCUGCUCAACUCCUUCACCUGUUGAAAAAGGGAAAAGUCCAGCUGAACCAGGGAGCGAGGAAAAUGAUGUUAAAAAUGAAUCUAAAUUACCAAAAUACAAAAAGAAAGACUCUUCCUCUUUUUUGGCUACUGUAAAAGAGGAGAUAGCCAGCAGUCAGACAAAUGCUGCAGACACACGUAAACCUGCAGACCUUCCUGCUGGGACUGAUGAUAAGCAAGAGGGUACUGUGCCUCCAGCAGAUGUGCAAAGCAGCAGGUUGGCAAGCGCCCAGGAUAGACCAUGUGAAGAAUCUGGUCUUUUGGACUCGCCAAGCCUCAGCAGCAGUUCCAGUACAUCCAACAGCAGCACCUCGAUGCAAAGGCUGCCCGCGGCAUCACUGGGUAGAGACCCCUGCGUUCCCCUCGCAAACCCGUCCAUAAUGAAUCUAAUGCUGCAGCAGAAGGACUCCUUUGAGAUGGAAGAGAUCCAGAGUACAGAGGGGGAUCUACCACACAUUCCAGCUUCUCACCAGCUGGCAGUGACCAAGUCAAGAAAAGAUCAGCUGUUACGGACCGCGAGUCAGCACUCUGACAGCAGUGGCUUCGCUGAGGACUCCUCCACAGAUUGUUCUCCAUUUAAUCAGCCUCAGGUUCAGGAGUCUUUGCAGGGCAUGGGAAGCAGUGCUGACAGCUGUGACAGUGAGACAACCGUGACAUCGCAUAGUGAGGAACAGAAGACACCAAUAGCCAAGGAACUGCCCUGUUUCAGUAAGUUUGAGGAGGAGGAGGAAGAAGAAGAUGAUGAUGAUGAUGAUGAUGAUGAAGAGGAUAUUAUCUCUCAAGUAGAGAGACGAAAGGUAGGGGCACCUUCUGAGAACAGAAGGAGUGAAGACAGAAAAGUUAUUGACUAUGAAACUGAACACAAUCAAGGAGGAGAAAGCAAGUCAUCUCAUAUAUCAGAGACAGUCCAAGGAGAGGUCAGCUCUAAAGAGGAAGACAUUUCCAGUGAGCGAAAAGAAUUGGACCUGCCAGAGGAAGGCAGCGUGUUUGAGUUUCCUCAGUACCACACGCACCAUAUCCUCAAGUCGAUGGAGUCUCUGGAAGGUGGCAGCUCCUCCCCAUCGUCUGUGGACAGGGUUCAUGUCGCCCUGCAAAGAGCCGAGAUGAGGAUCGUCAGCACAUCUGAUUCCAGGGCUGGACGCACUCUGCUUAAGUCAAAAGAUCUCCUGAGGAAGCAGAGACUCUGGUUUGCUGAAUCGGGUUAUCCUCUAAGGCGGUCUCAGUCUCUCCCAACUGCAUUGCUGAAUCCAGUGAAAGUGGUGUCCUCUGUGAAUGUCCAGUUAACUCCAGGAAAAGAGACUCUGUGCAGUCCUCCUUCUUUCACCUACAAGUACACACGUGUGGAGGAAGACAAGAAACCAGAGUCUGAGAAUGACAAAAGUGAGGGUGAGGCAGCUGCCAGCCAGCCAGUGUGUAAAUCCACACUGUUCAUUGCGCCUUCAUCCUCCAAAAAAGAAGUGCCCCACACUGGGCCCAACAGACUGUCCGAGGAGCCCAGUCCCACCAGGGUACAGAGCUGCCCGCUGCACAUGCCGGCACACAUGUCCCAGUCGACGUGCUCCCUCCACUCCCUCCCCGCCGAGUGGCAGGACAGACCGCUCUGCGAGCACGUGAGGACGCUGAGCACCCACAGUGUCCCAAGCAUCUCCGGCUCUUCCUUUGGCAGCUUGCUUUCCCCCUUCAGCUGUCCCUUCUCUCCAAGGCAUGCUGGAUUUCCUCAUCGACCUCAUGCCAUCAACCCUCCUUCCACUGUGGAGAUGCAGCUGCGCAGGGUCCUACAUGACAUCAGAAACUCUCUGCAGAACCUCUCACAG